AAAGCAGAGGCUAUGGGUCGAGUGAGAACCAAAACAGUAAAAAAGUCUGCACGUGUGAUCAUCGAAAAAUAUUAUUCCAAGUUGACUUUGGAUUUCCAGACCAACAAAAGAAUAUGCGAUGAAGUGGCACUUAUUCCUUCUAAAAGACUUCGUAACAAGAUUGCAGGUUUCGUAACGCAUUUGAUGAAGCGAAUCCAGAAAGGACCUGUUCGGGGAAUUUCUCUUAAAUUACAAGAAGAAGAGAGAGAAAGACGAAUGGACUUUGUUCCCGAAAUAUCCGCCAUAGACGUGGGUGAAGUGAAGAUUGACCCGGUGACUAAGAAUAUGUUGGAGUCUUUGGGAUAUAAGAAUCUUCCCAAUGUGAUAGUCGAGACUGGAGUAGAGCCCAAGAAAUUUGCACCGAGAGCAUUUUAGUGGAAAAUAAAAGUGCACACAAGAUGAAUAUAUACGUCCGACCUUUUUACCAAUUUAUUUAUAGAUCGUGUUGUUAUGAGCCUUGUAUGACUAUCUUUUGUUGGAAAGUGGAUUACUCGCGACAAACUUGUCUCACAU